AUGAGACGCAUCAAGGUAAGAACACCCGAGGGGGCAAACAUUACUGGCACACCGGCUGAGCAGCCAGAUAUCCCACAAGUCUUGACCUUUUCUCCCACCAACCAAAGGCCUACCGACAAGUCGAGCUACCACUCCCUCGAUGGAUCUGGAGAUGUCUCAGAAAGCCACCAAAUUUCCCCGAGAUCUCGUGGGAGGACACGUUACCGCAUAAGAGAUGAAGAGCGUCCUCCUCGGCCUUCCAAUCAGCGUCAUCUUGAGAUUGAACGAUCUCAGCAGCCAGAGCCAUCUUCAAUACACAUCCCUCGAAUCCUUCCAAUAAGGCGGCUGGGUCCACCACCGAGGCGACCCUUGAUUAACCCACCAUACAGACGGCUCAGAGAGCAGUCCCCCGAGCCCACGACCCCACCAUAUGGCUCAUUGCAACCCGUCAUUGUGUCAAAUGCGGUUGUUGCGGAGUAUGGAAGGAUUGGGGCUCAAUAUCAAUCGUGGAUCUCCGGCCGAAACAGAACCGCGUGCCCUAUUCAGCGAUCAACCCUCGCCUGGUCUGACCUCGUUGAUCCUCCCUCCGCACAAGACAAAUUCGAGGUGUGCGCCGAUGAAAUCAGGUUCUCACCCGAGGAAGCUGGCAACAUUCGAUCAGUCGGACUACCGGUAGGAAGAGAUUGGCGCUCUACUUUUAUAUUGCAUCGUGGAUAUUUGGGCGAUGGUUACGAACUGGGCUCAAACGUUUACAUGCACCGCACCGGACUCGGCGCUAUCUUUGCUGAGAAUAUUGCCAGAAGCUUUGGUCCCUAUUGGGGCCAAAUUGCUCAGGCUCAAUACCAGCUAGAUCACCACAUUGAUACCCUCAGACAUGUCUAUUUCAUCAACGUCCAGAACCCGCACACCAGCCCCUAUGUGGAGACACGUCUCUACCCCAGAUAUGGAUUGGAUUGGCGUGACGACAAUGGGGUGCAGGAAUGGGCAUACGCCACACGCGACUAUCAGGAGCUCCUGGGGACAAAGCUGGGAAGGGCUGUGGCUCGUCUUGUUCUGGGCGCCUGGCCGACUGGUACACAUCGCAUCGAAAAGAUCGUCACAUGGACAAUCUUAGGGGUGCUGCAGAUGCGCUUCGAUAUCAAGCCAAUUUGA